AUGAAGUUCACUGCUAUUGCCUCCGCCCUCUUCCUGGCCACCGCUGCCAUGGCCACCCCCGACAUCGAUGUCGACUCCAUUGUCUCUCAGGCUGAGGACGUUGCCACCUCCCUCAAGAGCGGAGGUGAGUCCAUUGGCUCAGAUGCCGCCGCGGAAGCUACCUCCAUCGGCCAUGCCUUCGAGACCGGCGGUGCUGCUGCUUUGUCCACUCUGACCGGCGACGCUGCCUCCAUCGCCACCGCUGUCGAGAGCCACGCCAGCUCGAUCGCUUCAGCUGGUGAAUCCGCCGGCUCUGAAGCUGCCAGCAAGGCCUCCGCUUGGGUCUCUACCUUCACUUCCACCAAUUCGGAGGGUGAGAAGACCACCGGUGCUUCCACCAUUACCUCCCGCGCCUCCACGGCUACCAACACUGGUGCUUCCACCACUGGCUCCGAAUCUGCCAGCCCUACUACCUCCAACGCUGCCGUCGCUGGAUACAAGAUGAACGCCGCUGCCGCUGGUAUGGCUGGUAUGCUCGGUGUCAUGGUUGCUCUGUAA